AUGGAAGAUAUAGAUAAACCAAAAGUAUUACUUAAUGUACCAGUGAUGAUAAACAUUUAUCAUCCACUUAUUUUAACAAAUUGUCAAAAACAAUUGAUAAAAUACACUUCAAAAAAUAUAAGAAGUAUAAAAUCUUUCAAUAAUUAUCAAAAAAUUAAAAAAAAUGAGAGUAAAUGGAUAAUUGUUUAUCUAAAUAGCAUUGAUUUAACAUUAGAAAAUUUAUGUGGUCCAAUUAAAAAAAAUAACAAAACAUUGAAUUAUAGUGACUGGGGAUUUCCUUUAACUUUAAAUCAAUUACCAUCAUCUUAUAAUGAAAAAAAAACAUAUAAUGCUCAGUUUAGAGAUAAACCUAUAAUUUUAAGUUGUGGUAAUGAAGAUUUAGUAUAUAUUAGUAAAAAUGAAAAUAGGAUUAUUAAAGAUUUUAAUUAUAAAAAAGAUCAACUAUACAAAGGUGAUAUGAUAUAUGGAUUUCGUAGAAAAAACUUUUUAAAUAAAACUGAUAUUGUCCAACCAUGUGGAGGUUUAAAAGUUAUUCAUAAAUUUCCAAAAAUAGGUAUAAAAGAUAAAAAUGAAAGAAAAAUUAUAGUCAAUAAAAUAGAGUUAAAGUUUAUUAAAAUAUUAUUUGCAAAUGAUAGUUAUCAAUUUCAAUAUAUCUUUGAGAAUCAUACAUCAAAUCCAAAUUUUUUUAAAUACACAAAUACAACCAUUAAUGAGGAAAAAUUUAUAGAAAAUGACAAUUUUGUUUUUCUACGCCAAAAAACAAUUAAUAGUGAUAAGAAAAUUAUUAUAGAUAGUUUUCAAAUAAUUAAUUUUAUAUUAGCAUGUUCCAAUUGUGAAAAUAACAAAAGUACCAUUGAACAAAAGUUUUUCUUUGGUCCAUCAGAAAAUACUACAAUUGUAAGAUUAUCAAUAUUUUAUGAUCCCAAUGUGGUAAAAAAUAUAAAACCUAACUGUUCAAUUGAUGAAAUAUCCUUUGGUUAUUUAAAUUUAAUUACUUUUAAUAAUAGCACAUUCAAUGUUAAUGAAUUAAAAAAUAACACAUUCUUUAAAAAUUUUACAAAAACAGGAAACUUUAUUGUUUAUGAUAAAAAUGUUGAUAUAACUUUAAAUUGUACCUACAAAACACCGACUGGAUAUUAUUACAUUGUAAAGAAAUACAAAAAAUCAAUACAAUUUCAAAGAAAUAAAAUAAAUUUAAAAAAAAGAGAAAAUAUUAAAAAAUUUAAUGAAAAUGAUGUCGAAACAUUAUCAAUAAAUAAUAUUAUUAUUAUUAUAGUAAUAUUAAUUUUUUCUAUUUUAUUUAUUAUCUGUGGUAUUUAUUAUUUAUGUAGCAAUAAAAAAUUUAGUAGAUUUUUCCAUGUAAGGAAACUUAAAAAACUCUACCCAAACAUAUAUGAUUUUUGGAAUUUUGUUAAAGAAGUAGAUAUUGAAUAUUAUAUUGAAGAGUUAAAAGAUAAAAAUUGUUUACCAAAAAUGGUUUCAAAAAUUAAUUUCAAAGUUAUCAUGUCUGGAUGUGAUACAUUUAAAAUUUCUGAUGGAGAACAUAAUAUUAAAUCAAUUGUUUCAUCACAAAAAAAUGAAGAUAAAAAAUUUUAUGCACAUUACGUUUAUUCAAUAGCUCCUGAUCGAACAUACAUUAUAUCAGAUGGUCCCAGAAAAGAGACAAUUUCGAUAUUUUGGAAAAUGAUAAUUUUAGAAAAAGUUUCAACUAUACUUUUUAUUUCAUCCCAAAUUUCUGAAAUAGAUAGUGAAUUUAUCAAACAAUACUUGAAUGUAGAAUGUCAAUUUUCUGAUGAAGUAACUAUAUUUAUUCAAGAUAAAUAUGUGAUAAAACAUUUAACUACAACUGUGUUAAGAUUAAAAGUUAGUAUAGAUGAAUAUCAAGAUUAUCCUGUUACAGUGUUUGUAGUUGAUAAUUGGGGAAUAAAUGAAAUACUUGAAUCUUCUACAAAUUUAAUUGAUUUAUAUGAAGAAAUUCGUAAUGAAACUGAUGAAUCUCCAGUUCUUAUUCAUGAAACAAAUAUGUCUGGAUCACGUACAUUUACUUUUGUAUAUUUUGCUUCUAUAGUUGAAAGUUUUAUUAAUAAUAAAAAAAUUGUUGAUCCAAUGAAAAUAGUUAAAGCAAUUAAAGAACAAAGAAGUGGUGGAUCGUUAUCAUCAAUAGAAAGUGCUUUUCUUUUGUAUUGCAUAAUAGAAUAUUUUAUGUUAAAAGGAAUCCUUUUAGAAGAUGAAAAUACAAUUUUAUUUAUGUCAAAUUGUACUAAUUAUAUUCGUUCACUACAAAACAAAAUAUUAUCUAUUGAUGAAAAAAAAAGUAGUUUUCUUGCUUAUAUUAAUAAUUUGGAUUUGGAAAAAAUAAAAGCUUUUGAUGAUUUAAUACAACGUACUUAUAUUUUACCUGAUAAAAUUCUUAAAGUUAUAUGCUCUCAAUUUUAUUAUGCUUUAGAGGAAGAAAAAUUAAACCAGUUAAAAGGUUAUAAAAAAAUACGUUAUGAAAAUGUUCCAUUGUUAGAUGAAUUUUAUCUUUAUUAUUCAUCUAAUCAUGUAACACUACAACAAAUUUAUCAAAAUUAUCUUUAUGUAAAUCAUUUUUUUUAUCCAAUAAAAAACAACAAAUAUAGAAAAAUAAUAAUGUCUCAAGCUCCAUCUUUAGAAUCAUUUGUAAAUUUUUAUAAAAUGAUUUAUGAACAAAAAGUAAGUAUUAUUGUAGCAUUGGUAAAUGUUGAAGAGUAUAACUCUGGAAGUUGGGAAAUUUAUUUUCCAUUAAAUCAAAUGGAAUAUGUAGUAGGAGAUUUUGUUAUUAAUAAAGUUUCUGAAAAAUCAAAUAUUUCAAAUGGAGUAUAUGCUAUCAAAUAUCUUCUAAAAAUAAAAAAUUAUCCCCCAGAAACAAAUGUUUAUUUUACACUUCUUCAUUAUGAAGGCUGCCCAACUGAUGGUCUUGCUACAACACCAGAAGGAUAUUUUUCAAUAUACUAUACAAUUUUAUCAUCAAGUUGUGAUAGACCAAUAUUAAUUCAUGAUACAGCUGGUAUUUCAAGAACUGGAAUAAUGUCAUUAAUAACUUAUAUGAUUGAUAAUAUUGAAAAUAGUAGACCUUUUGAUCCAUCAAUUGAUUUACUUAUUUUACGCCAACAUCGUUAUGGUGCUGUUGCAACAGUUGGACAAUUUUUAAUGGCUCUUCAGGUGGUAUGUUACUAUUAUAAAAAUUUUAUAGAUAAACUAGAAGACGAUAUGUAUAUAAAAAUAAAUAGUGUGCUUUCACAAGAAAUAAGUUUUUGGAGAGAUCGUAAUUCUGAAAUAAAAAAGAAAUAA